AUUUCUUUCAGGUUAUGCACAUAAGCUCCAUUUAAAUCUUAACGAUUAAUGCUGAAAAUGAAAUUUUAAAUUUUCAUAAAAUACCGGACUAUUCUCUUAAUUCCUAGGUAAACAAUUAGUAACGACUAUAUAACACGAUAUUUGCAAUGAAUGGAAAUCCAUUAUCUGACUGUGAAAAAACGUUCAUAUUAGAAGCAGCAUCUCAAAAAAUACGUCUUGAUGGUCGUAAAAAAGAUGAAUAUAGACCAUUGAAAAUUGAAUUUGGGAUUGACUGGGGUAAUUGUUUAGUAACACUUGGUUGCACUCGUGUAUUUGCUCAAGUUAGCUGUGAAAUAUAUCAACCUAAUAAUAGUCGUCCAAAUGAAGGUGUACUACAAAUAUCUGCUGAAUUAGCUGGUGACGACAAACUUAAUGAUCUAACCAAAAUAAAUCAAGUUUUGGAAAGAUUCUAUAAAGAUUCAAAAUGUAUAGAUCUUGAAUCAUUAUGUAUAAUUGCUGAGGAAAAAGUAUGGAAAAUUAAAGUAGAUUUGAGUGUUUUGAAUAUGGAUGGUAAUACUUUAGGAUGUUGUUCAAUUGCAACUUUAGCAGCAUUAAUGCAUUUUCGCCAUCCAGAUGUUCUUUCUACAGGGGAAAAAGUAGUUGUUUAUUCUAGUUCAGAAAGAGAUCCUAUACCACUAUCACUUCAUCAUCAUCCAGUAAUUGCGAGCUUUGCUAUUUUUGAAAAAUAUGAUUUUAUUAUUUUGGAUCCAUCGCUUCUAGAAGACAAAGUCUGUGAUAACAAAUUGUCUAUAUGUUUUAACAACCACAGUGAAAUGUGUGGUGUAGACAUUGAAGGAUGUGCCUCUUUAAGUCAAAAUCUUCUUAUGAACUGUUCCAAUCAGGCAGCUUCUGUGGCCAUUAAGCUUGUUGAUAAAAUAAAAUCAGCUAUACAAAUUGAUAUUAAAAAUCGCAGUUCUUGUAAAUCAUUUAAAGGCCUAGAACCAGCAGUUUCUGAAGAUAAUGGUUUAAAAUUAUGUUUGUCUGAAAAAUUAAAUUUUAUUGGUCCAUCCAAUCAAGAAAAUAUAAUCGAAGAAAUUAAUGAAAAAAUGGUUGUUGAUCAAGAUGUGAUUAAGAUAACUGAUGGAACUGCAUUCACUGCUACUCAAAAUAAUUUGCACCAAGCAAGUAAUGUAAAACAAGAUGACCAAAAUGAAAAUGUUAUAAUCAUUGAUCCUGAAAGUAGUGAAUCAUCAUCAAGUGAUGAGAGUGUUGAAAUUAUUAACCACUAUAAAUUAGAUGAUAUUAGACCUGUUAUUGGCAAAUAUGUUGUUUCUGACGAUGAAAAUAGUGACACAGGUACCAUAAUUUUGGAUUGAACAAGUAAACAAGUCCUUCUUUCAGUGUACGAUUUUAAUAUGUUCUUAUAAGUUUUAUUAUUAAAAUGUAUUUUGUAUGAA